GAGAGAGAGAGAGAGAGAGAGAGAGAGAGAGAGAGAGAGAGAGAGAAAUGGUGAGAAGUAACAAAGGUCGUCAGAAGAUAGUGAUGGAAAAAAUGGUAAACGUAGGCAACCUUCAAGUGACUUUCUCAAAGAGAAGGUUUGGCCUUUUCAAGAAGGCCAGUGAGCUUUGCACACUGUGUGGUGCAGAGAUUCUGUUGAUUGUGUUCUCCCCAGGUGGAAAAGUGUAUGCCUUUGGCCAUCCUGAUGUUAGAGAACUCAUCGAUCGAUUUCUGAACCGUAACCACAAUUCUCUGGUUCCCUUUCAACCAAACAACAGGCUGCAGCUUGCUCAGUUUCGUCCGGAUUUAAAUAUCCAAUAUCUCAACGAUGUCCUCACUUUUAUGGUGGACAGACAUGAGGAGGAGAAAGAGGCCAGAGUGAAAUUGGAAGUGAUGAGACAAGCGAGAGAAAAAAGAGGAAGCACCUGGUAUGAAAAAGAUGUGAAAGAUCUCGACAUGCGUGAAACCCAAAAACUGAUUCAUGAUCUUGAAGAUGUGAAAAAGAAGUUGAUGAGUGAAAUGUCUCAACAUUCUCUUCAGAAUUACAUGGUGGAGAGCUCUGGCUUUACUGGUGGUAGCAAUGAUGAUGGUGGCAUGGAUCUGCAGUUUGACCCAAACGGGAAUGCAUUCAACUACAAUCCAAACAUGUAUUUCCCUAACCAUGCACCAUUCGUUGGAUACACCAAUGAUGAAUUUAUGGUUCCCAUGUCCAACUUGAACUACAUGUCAAGUUACAACAACGAGAGCAGCUAGAGCCUGAGAAGCUAGAAGAGCAGAUGUGAUAUGGAAAUCAUAUAUCUUGCAGGUCAUUGUUCUGGUGUGGUGUGUGAGACUUUGAGUUAUCUUUAAUUUCCCUUUAAUUUGUUUCAGUUUGUUUGCUUCCCCUUGUUCCCUUCAUCGUUGAUUUCUUCUUUGUAUUCUGGAUAAUUGAUUGGUUUGUUUGCUUCAGUACUUAAUCACCCCUGGUUUCAUUUCA